CGCGUUCCAUCCUUGCAGUACAGAAUAUACACAGUUUUUCACAAUGUCCUCCAACGAGAACAACGUUCCUCGCUCGCUCCCCAUUCCCAUCGGUCGUGGUCGCUCGGGCUCAGACUCGGAUUCGAGCUCGGACUCUGGAUCAGUGUCCCCCGUGUCUCCCGUCCAAACCCCCGCAUCAGGCGCUCUACCCCGCAUUGCGCCAAUCAGCCCGUCAACCUCACCUAUCCUCUCCUACUUCUUGAGCAACCAGCCCCCCAAGUCCCCUCCGAAUGCGACAUUCCCAUUCAGGAGGGGCAUGACGGGUCCGCCUCUUUACGAAGAGGACGAGGUUUCUGAGGCAGACCAGCCUAUUCAGCGGCACGGUCGGCGUGCUAGUGCCGCUGCUUGGCCCGGACACGACCGUUUCCCUCCUGUUGCCCCCGUACCCAACGACAAGCAGGAGCGCGCUGCUGGUCUUCUCCGUCGUCUUUCGUUGGGAGGGAACAUGACUAAGCCACCAAUCCUCCCUGUUCCGAGGCCGCCGAACGGAACCACACAGCCAUCUCGCAGUAAGACGCCUCCGACCCUGAACUCUAACUCUACCGGCGCGCCUUCUACCCCUAUGCGUAAGGCCCGGAGAUCGAACACAAUGGCUGCCGGGACGUCACGGCCACCGCGUGCUCCUUCUCCUAUGGGCGAGAGAAUACUGAAGGGACACUUCGACGGGUUCAACUAGACGUCGGGCGGAGCUUCCUUUCCAUCACUCCCCCGACUCCGUCGCUCUUCCCUAUAUCUGGUUCGCGCCAGCCUGAAGUUCAUCCGCGUCUGGCACCACAUGUUAUAGCCCGUGCCUGUCUCGUGCGCUGUACUAUAAUGUAUCAUCGCAGAACGCAUCGAGACAGGCCCAGAAUAACUCCCGUCGCGUCGCUCUCCCGCGUUACGUCCGCAGCUGUUCUCACUACAGGGUCACGUCGCACGUGGAAGACGGGAGUACGCAGAUUGAGCCCUAAUCGCUUCGGCACCGUGUCGUCGUCUCGCUGGGUUGAGAUGAUGGGUGGCCAAGGAUGGUCCUGGGGGUUUCGUACGCUAUGCGGUUCCAUAUACGAAGAGCGUAGUGUUUCCGAUGUACUGUCUCUUCCGACUCCCCUUCUUAUCGUCUUGGUUGUCGAACCAUCGCAGGGUGUACUAGUUGCGCUCAGCCUUCAUGGUGUUUGAUUCACGCAUGCACUGUUACCCAAGUGUCGUAAGAAUAAUGAUGGUUGCGCUGUGCAAUGUAUUUCAAUAUAUUGUCGUAGUUUUCCC